AUGCUGUUCAAGUCUAUUGCUGACUUCCAUAAGCAUAUGGCCGACAACAUACCACACAGGUGCCCCAAACCAUGCUACCUCUUUGUAGCUCAAACGGCCAAGGAAGGGCAACGUCCCGAGAAGGCUCCCCUCACGUGCGAAUUAUGCCAACUGCCCAUGGCCCCGCACACCGCCUGCCGGCCGCGAAACGACGAAGGCAGCAACCGCCGCUAUAACCACGUCAACGCUACGGAAUGCAUCCCAAACGAUGCCGACAAGCGCAAGUGCGGCAUGUGCAACGCAGACGACGUAGACCGUGUCACCGUCAACGCAGUCGGCCGCGAGGCUGAAGACCAAAAGGUGAUCUGCCACCCGUGCUUCCUGCUCAGCCGCACGGACAACCUGCAGUCGUGCCAGCCCGCCGCUAUACACAAAUGGGAGAGCAAGAAGCUCCACACGUCGCCGGCAAAGCGCGCUAGGUUGUCUUGA